CUCGAGGUUGAACCAAUCCAGGGCUUUUUUUUUCAUAGCUCAGCGAUCUAGGGCAGAGACCACACCAACAGCGAUUAAUCUGCGUCUUGAGAAGCAGUACGACACGAGUUUACCUGUCCUAAUAUCAAUCGAGGAGAUGCACAUUUGCCUGGCUACCAAAACUCCUUGCUCCGGGCCAAACGCUACGCCACGCCCAUUGAAGUUAUUUUCUAAUCCGCAAUGAGUCUGGAUCUGAGUACCUCCCUGAUGAUUUAUAGAACGCAAACGCAUUCUUCUAACCGUUCUGAUUGGUCCCCAAAACCGAUGGAUUGGGCCAGAGCCAGAACACCUAUCGUCGCUCUAGACACCAUGGGUCGCCACUUUGGAGAUUUGGCCAAGAUCAGGCAUGUGAUCACCUACAGUCUGUCCCCCUUCGAGCAGAGGGCUUUCCCCAACUACUUCUCUAAAGGAAUCCCCAAUGUCUGGAGACGAUUCACAUCGUCCGUCUUCAAAGUUGCUCCACCUAUGAUCUGCAUGUACCUGACAUACACCUGGGGCAACCAUGURCACUCAGAAGGAAAGAGGAAGGUUGCCGCCGACUACGAGAAUGAAGAGUGAAAACUUCCAUCUUGCAACUUUGUUCCCCUGUUUAAACCUUCACUGUAUGUUUCGUCAAUAAAGAUAAUAUUUAUCAGAAAA